CGGCCGCCGCUCUGGGUGGGGCCUCGCGGCCGCCGGGGAUGCGUCCGAGUCUGCCCUGCCCGUGGAGGCGAGCCGGCUGGGCGGUGCGCCGGGGCGGCCCGAGCCUUGCGCCGCGCGGCGCUGUAACCGGACACCCGCGCGCUUGCCCCGCGGCGCGCCCGGACACUUUCCAUUCACUGCGCGCGGCCUGAUUGAGCGAGGCGGACACGGGCUGCGGGCUCGGCACGGGAGGAUUCCUUUACAAAGAAACUCCGAGGACCCGGGAUAGACCUUUAAAGGCCGGCCGGGGUGGGGGACAGGACUGGAGACACAGGCGUCACCCCGCCCGGUGGCACCUUGGUGACUUUUCUACGCUGGUUUCGUGUACCGUGGGUAUUUUCCCUUGGAUAUUAACUUGGCAAAUCUGAAGAGAUGGGAUUCCGGGCGAUUUGCGUCUUGUUUGGAAUAUUUAUUUGCUCUGUCUCUGUAAAAGGAUCUUCCCAGCCCCAAGCAAGAGUUUAUUUGACAUUUGAUGAGCUUCGAGAAACCAAGACUUCUGAAUACUUCAGCCUAUCCCACCACCCACUAGACUAUAGGAUAUUAUUAAUGGAUGAAGAUCAAGACCGGAUAUAUGUGGGCAGCAAAGAUCACAUUCUUUCCUUGAAUAUUAACAACAUAAGUCAAGAACCUUUGAGUGUUUUCUGGCCAGCAUCUACAAUCAAAGUCGAAGAAUGCAAAAUGGCUGGCAAAGAUCCCACACAUGGCUGUGGGAACUUUGUCCGUGUCAUUCAGACUUUCAAUCGCACCCAUUUGUACGUCUGCGGGAGCGGUGCCUUCAGCCCAGUCUGUACUUACUUGAACAGAGGGAGGAGGUCGGAGGACCAAGUUUUCAUGAUUGACUCCAAGUGUGAAUCUGGAAAAGGCCGCUGCUCUUUCAACCCCAAUGUGAACACGGUCUCUGUUAUGAUCAACGAGGAGCUUUUCUCUGGGAUGUACAUAGAUUUCAUGGGUACGGAUGCUGCCAUUUUUCGAAGUUUAACCAAGAGAAAUGCUGUCAGAACUGAUCAGCACAAUUCCAAGUGGCUAAGUGAACCCAUGUUUGUGGACGCACAUGUCAUCCCUGAUGGCACCGAUCCAAAUGAUGCUAAGGUGUACUUCUUCUUCAAAGAGAAACUAACCGACAACAACAGGAGUACAAAACAGAUUCAUUCCAUGAUUGCAAGAAUCUGUCCUAACGACACGGGUGGGCUGCGCAGCCUGGUGAAUAAGUGGACCACCUUCUUGAAAGCGAGGCUGGUGUGCUCAGUGACGGACGAAGAUGGCCCGGAAACUCACUUCGAUGAACUAGAGGAUGUGUUUCUCCUGGAAACUGAGAAUCCAAGGACAACACUAGUGUAUGGCAUUUUUACAACAUCAAGCUCGGUUUUUAAAGGCUCCGCGGUGUGUGUGUAUCACUUGUCUGAUAUACAGACUGUGUUCAAUGGGCCAUUUGCCCACAAAGAAGGGCCGAAUCAUCAGCUGAUUUCCUAUCAGGGCAGAAUUCCUUAUCCCCGCCCUGGAACUUGCCCCGGAGGAGCAUUUACCCCAAAUUUGCGAACCACCAAGGAGUUUCCAGAUGACGUGGUCACAUUCAUCCGAAACCAUCCGCUCAUGUACAAUUCCAUCUACCCCAUCCACCGACGGCCUCUGAUCGUCCGUAUAGGCACAGACUACAAGUACACAAAGAUCGCUGUGGAUCGAGUCAAUGCUGCAGAUGGCAGAUACCAUGUGCUGUUCCUCGGAACAGACCGAGGGACUGUGCAGAAGGUGGUGGUCCUUCCCACCAACAGUUCCGCCAACGGAGAGCUCAUUCUGGAGGAGCUGGAAGUCUUUAAGAAUCGUGUCCCCAUAACAACAAUGAAAAUUUCAUCCAAAAAGCAACAGUUAUACGUGAGCUCCAAUGAAGGGAUUUCCCAAGUGUCUCUGCACCGCUGCCACAUCUAUGGCACAGCCUGUGCUGACUGCUGCCUGGCCAGGGAUCCGUACUGUGCCUGGGAUGGCCAUUCCUGCUCCAGGUUCUACCCAACUGGAAAGCGAAGGAGUCGAAGACAAGACGUGAGACAUGGAAAUCCACUGACCCAGUGCAGAGGGUUUAAUCUAAAAGCAUAUAGAAAUGCGGCUGAAAUUGUUCAGUAUGGAGUGAAAAAUAACACCACGUUCCUCGAGUGUGCCCCCAAGUCUCCACAGGCAUCCAUCAAGUGGUUGUUACAGAAGGGCAAGGACAGGAGGAAAGAGGUUAAGCUGAAUGAACGCAUCAUAGCCACCUCCCAAGGACUCCUGAUCCGCUCUGUUCAAGAUUCUGACCAAGGACUGUAUCACUGCAUUGCAACAGAAAACAGCUUCAAGCAGACCAUAGCCAAGAUCAACUUCAAAGUUUUAGAUUCAGAAAUGGUGGCUGUUGUGACGGACAAAUGGUCCCCAUGGACCUGGGCCAGCUCUGUGAGGGCCCUGCCCUUCCACCCCAAGGACAUCAUGGGGGCUUUCAGCCACUCGGAAAUGCAGAUGAUAAAUCAGUACUGCAAAGACACUCGGCAGCAACACUACCAGGGCGAGGAGUCACAGAGGAUGAGAGGGGACUACGGCAAGUUAAAGGCCCUGAUCAACAGCCGGAAAAGUAGGAACAGGAGGAAUCAGUUGCCAGAGUCCUAAUCGUUUCUUACGGGGAGGUUAAGCAUCCAAUAACAAAUGCUCUGUCUUCAACGAUCACAUUUUGAACAAAGAAUCUUGUGCUUUACCCAUGAGAAAUCACUGAACUUAGGUAAUGAUUCACUCCUCAAGUGAGUUUUACAUGAACUGAAAUGAGCAUGCGUUUUCUUGUAUGAUAUUGACUAGCACUAGACUUGUCAUGGUCUUCAUGGUGCAUAUAAGUAUUUAACUCAACCCAGAUUUUAUUUAUAUCCUUAUUCACCCUUCAAAAUCCUUAUGGCGGUUACAAACGUAGAAUGAUUGCAUCCCUCGGUUGAAGGAGAGGCAUCACCCUGGGGUAUUUCUUCCCUGCUCUGGAAGUCCAGAGUUCCAAUGUUCAGUAAUUUUAUAGAUGAGAACAAAUUCCAGAUUCACAGUUUUCACAUAGUAAAAGUCAUAUAAAAAUGGGUGCAACAGCAUGGCUGAUAGAAAAUAUAAAUGACAGGGCACAGGGCAUUUGAGUGUUGUACAGAAACAUGAAUGAUUCAUAGAGAAAAAUGAUGGCUUGCUAUGAUCCCAGUGAUAUAUGUGUUGUUGCUUUAAGAUUUAAAAGUUGUCAGUUACUGAUAUCUGUCAUUGAUCUUUGUUCCCAUGUUUCAAGAAAAUAGAAUGGGUAACAUACACUAUAAAGAUCACUGGUAGGAGUUAUUUAUAUCAGUGAAGCAGUUGGACUUAUCUUGUUAGAUUGUCAUCUUCUAAACAAAAGCACUUUUGGGGGGAAGUUAUUUAAGUUAUUCUAGACUUAUAUAAAAUCAUACACUAUUUAAUUGCUUACUAUAUUGUGUCUGAUUUUCUAGUCUGUGUGGCAAAUUGGUCAAUGUAAGAAGAAAAAGAGUUUUGAAGUACUAAGCUCCUCUAUAAGGGAGGAGACCUUCAAAAAGGAGAAAAGAAACAAAAUCAAAGUAGAAAAUUCAAGUUUAUUAUGAGGAAUUUCUAACAAAUGUGGCUCGUUUUCAAAUUUGUAGUCAAGUUCAGUGAUUCAUUUUCACUUUUUAGAAAACCAAGCUCACACAUCAUACUAAUUUUUAAGGCAGCAUUUUAUUUUUUAUAAGCAUUUGCUUGUGGUGGGGAGUUGCUCGUUUCAUCUGAAAGGAAACAAUAAUAUAAGAAAAAUAUAUUAAAAUAUUCUUAUGUUUAUAUUGUUUUUUCUUUUCAAACAUUCUUUUAAAAUGAAUAUUGCCACAUAUGUUCACUGGUCAGUGUGGAAAGUUUCAUGAUGAAUAAAAUAAUUAUCUUCUAAUUAGUAUGUUUGGAUAAUUUUAUUAGAGUAUUUUAAUACUGAAGUCAUUUUCUCCAAGUUAAAAAUUAGAUAGGGAAAAUGUGAGAAAUUUCCUCAUGUUCUUAUAUUUCCUUCAAAAACACAAAUUUUGGGCUUUUGUUUUGUUUUUAAGACAUUUUCAUAUUUCCAGUUGAAAACAGAAAUUCCAAAAAAUUCCUAUGUAUAAUCUAGUAUUAAAAUUUUAUGUGAAAGGAACAAUCAUGCAAAAGAUCAUCAAGGUAGAUACACUACCUUUUUGAAAAAUUCAAUGAAAGACUUCAAGAGCUAAAAUGAUUUUGAAAGUCACUGUGCUUACUGUUCAGAAUUUAAGAAUAUAAUUUAUAAUUUAAAUGAUGAUAAAUCAUGAUAUUCUGAGGUGGAAAAAACAGCAAUUAAAAUGAACAAAAUAACAGCAAACAACUAGAAGUCUAUUGUCCCAAGUGUGUAUGAUUCUAAACUUUUCUCUAAAGCAGUUUAUUAUAAAAAUGUUUUGUCUGCUUACAAGGUGUAAUUAAGCUUCUUUUCCCCAGGAUGCACAGACAGAAAGGUGUGUCCAUGUAAAGCCAAAAUCAUCUUCUGUGCUUCUGAUCAAUCUAUACUGUGUACAGAGUUAAAAGUCAUUGUUUUAGAGUCACGAUUCCCCCUGCUGAUUCAUGUCAACCCAAACUGAUAGACAAUAAGGUAUUUUGUCUUAUAAUAUUGUUUGUGCUAUUUAAUGUCCUCUAUUUUGACUGGUAUUAAACUGUAUAUACCUUUAUUACUUUUCUUUCAAAACUAUGGAAGUUGUUUUUGAACAUAACUCUGCCAAAUAUAAAGAAAAUUUUCUUUCUCAAAAUAAUCAAUGUAUAUUGAAUAUUGGUGAUUGAUUGGUUUUAUUUUAUGUAAUUUGAUGAUUCCACAACUUGAUAUGUUUUUCCAUUUGUAUUUGUAGAUAAAAUUUCCUAGAAAUGCACUUUUUUUCCCCCAAGUGUAGGUUUGUGAAUAGCAUGAUGAAACUGUCAUCACGGUGAAUGUUCAUUCUCUGUAAGAAAGCAAACAAAACGUAGUUAACCCACUAAAAUUUAAUUGGACAUUGAAAUCAUUUGUCUGACAAAAUAAAACAUGUUGAAUUCCCCUAAGAA